AUGUUUUACAUUUUUGAAUUAUAUUAAUUAUAUAAUUUACAUACUUAACAUACUGAAAAAUUGUUUAAUAAAUUGACAAUGCUUUAUUACCCAAAAUUACUAAGUGGUCGUGUAAAGACUUAAUUAUAAUUAGUGUUCAGUGAAGUGACAGUCAUUAUGAUUUCAAAAAUAGCUAUUUUAUGUUUUUGUUUACUAUUGUCAAUUUUUAUGGCGAGUCUAAUCGAUAUAAUAACAGUUAAUCACAAUAAUGCUGAAAAUAUUAAUAUAGGACGCAACUUCACACACCAUUUAGAAGAAAAAUAUGGAACAAUAUCUGACAAUACUAAUAACCUCAUCUGGUUUUUACAAAUUUCUGAUAUACAUCUAAGUAUAUUUCGAGAUCCAGGAAGAAUAUCACAGUUCCAACAGUUCUGCGACAAUACUGUAAAAAAUAUAAGGCCGUCAGUAGUGCUGGCCACAGGAGACCUAACAGAUGCUAAAGCUAAAGACAACCUUGGUAGUUCCCAAGUAAAGAGAGAAUGGAUUUACUACCACAACAUAAUCAAUGAGUCUGGGGUUACCCAACAUACUACCUGGUUAGAUAUAAGAGGAAAUCAUGAUAACUUUAAUAUCAGGACAAUAAAUUCAGAAGAAAAUUAUUUUAGGAACUAUUCAGUACAAGGUUCCACUCAUCCCAAGUCAUAUUCUCAUUACAUUGAUAUUAACGGUGUGAGGGUGGGGUUUGUUGGAAUUGAUGCAUGCCCUGAGCCAGGUCUACGGAGACCAUUCAAUUUUAUUGGAAUUUUGAAUCCACAGGAACAAAAGAAUAUACAGAAGUUAAAGGAAGACGCUGAGAGUAAAGCAGAUCACAUCAUUUGGUUCGGCCACUAUCCAACAUCUUGUAUACUUUCAGUGGAAACUGAAACUGGAGAAAGAUUGGAUGUGCGGGAAUUGAUUGGGAGUGUUAAAAGUUCCCAAAUAUAUGUCUGUGGACACUUACAUUCCAUGGCUGGAAUGGUGCCAAAUAUGUAUACAAAACAUAAAAAGGGAUACCUAGAACUUGAGCUAGGUGACUGGAAAGACAAUAGGCUAUAUCGUGUGGCCGCUAUUGAUCACGGACUUUUUUCAUUUGUUGACGUUAAACACAAUACAUGGCCGAUAGUUCUAGUCACAAAUCCAAAAAACGCAAGAUACGCCAUGCCUGGCCGAGAACCUUUAGAUUUAAUGUGGAAGUCCGAUCAUGUAAGAAUAUUAGUUUUUAGUGAUGUUGAAAUAACGAGUGUGAAGAUAUCUUUUGAUAUGACAAAUUGGAUAGAGUGUAAGGUGGCGGAAAGUCCACUGUACGUAUGCCCGUGGUCACCAAAUGAUUAUGCAAAUGGCUUGCAUAAACUGUACGUAAAUGCUGAAGAUGAGCUACAUAGGAAAACAAUAUUAGAACAUCCCUUUUCAUUGGAUGGUGCCCAGUUGUCAUUUGAUAUUUCUGCAAGAAUAUUAUUGAUGGUUGAUGCUGGACUAGUGUUUCAGACAAUAUUUGCAACACUUAUAUCAUUGAACAUAGUGCCAUUAUUAGUAUUGAGGCUGCAGAAGCGACCUCCGAAGUCACGAAGAAGGCCCUGGGGGAACAUACUCAGAAGAGUUUGGCUGCUGAGUAAAAUCGACAGAGUAUUCUACCCGAUAGUACUCUACACUGUCUACUUGCCGUUCGGGCCGUGGGCUACGGGGGAACUUCUCGACGGCUAUAUAGGCACUAUAUUCGCCUGGGGAAUACUGAUAAAGGGUGUUCUUCUACCAGAGCCAUUCACGUACAUGUACGGUAGUGUACAACUCAUGUUUGUACAGAUACCUCUGAUAUUCGUACUAUCGUAUUGCCUACAAAUACGAUUAUUCGGACAGCACUACAGGGGUUUUAGACGUCUACUCAAGAACCUGCCUUUUAUUUUGGUACUGACGAUCCAACUGCUGUUGGCGUAUUUCUUCUGGCUGGAAUAUGGAACGAUGUCUUUUAUUUUUGGACCCCUAAGGACUUGGAGUAUUGCUCUCAAUAUAUUACUGUGGUAUAAGACGCUUACGUUGCCGCCAGAUUACUGCAGACACCUCAUGAAAUUGAACGACAUACCAUAAGUCAUAACAGAUUAAUGCAAAUUUUGACGAGCUUGUAUUGAAUUGCACCAAAGCUUAAGUAUUACUUAUGUUCCUGUUAUGCUACGAAUAUUAUGUUAAACUUGAUGUCUGCUGAGUUGAAAAUCGAGAUGAGCGCCGGCGAUUUGCGAACACUUAGCAAUAAGCUGAUAGGCAGGUAUUACACGCAUCAAUAUUAUCACGAUUGCGUGAUAAUAUUGAUGGUGUAAUAGGCCGAAUCGCAGUAUCACAAUACACUUGUGAAUGAUGAAUCGCAUGAUACUAGAAUCAUGAUAAUAUUGACAGUGUAAUACCUGCCAUAGGGCUUACCCUCCACGCUGACCGCUCGUUGACCGUCAGCACCGUUACCGAAAUGUAAGAAAAAUCAAAGCUGACCCUUUAGCCAACACGUUUUCUUUGUCGCUCCUUUAUAAAAUCACCGAUCAAAAUGUAUGUAAUUGCGAAGAACUAGAGAGGUGACAUGAUUUUUAACCCAGAGUUAACUUUAAUCUAGGUCAUGCAAGUAGGCCUAAGUGCCAAGUGGGUUGAGUGUGUAUAGUAUUAUGUUAUUCAUUCCAAAAAAUUUCUACUUUUAGAACAUUAAAUAAAAAAUCUCAAAAAAUAAUUAAAUAUUAUUAGACUUAUAAAAAAACCCAUUGUUUUACAUUUAGUUACUGGUGGUCCAAAUAUAGCAGCUAAUUCGAAAUUAAUUUUAAAGAUACGUUUAUCAAAUUAUUUUCUAAUUCCUUCUUUAUACACGGCAUUGUGCGCUUAUAGAUAUAGGUCUCAGAAUCUGAUGGCAAAAAGUGAGAAAAUAAAUUGACUAGCAAU